ACCAGUUAUUUGCACAGGUUUAAAGAAAGGAAAAAGCCCAGAAUAUUAAUUUUUUUAAAAUUAGAACCUGUAGAACCUGGAUUUUGACAUCAAGAUUCACACUACAUCUCUGGUUGUUUUGGAUAUACCACUGACAUCCAUUUCUAGCAGACAUACAAAUUGCUUAAACAACUAACCAAGGCAACUAACCAUGAAGAGAAAUACUAUCAAUACGCAGCACUCUUUUGUAAACAUUCCCAAUGUGGUUGUACCAGAAAUUGAAAAGGAAAUAAGGAGGAUGGAAAACGGAGCAUGCAGCUCCUUUUCUGAAGAUGAUGACAAUGCCUCUAUAUUUGAAGAAUCAGAGAGUGAAACCCCCCGCACAAGUGAUUCCUUUAGAAAUAAUUCACAUGGAAAGGGUCGAUCGUCACAGAGGGAGCAGUACCUGCCUGGUACCAUUGCACUUUUCAACACUAACAACAGCAGCAAUAAGGAGCAAGAACCAAAGGGAAAAAAGAAAAAAGAAAAGAAGAGCAAGUCAGAUGGUAAAAGUGAAAACAAAAAAGACUCUGAGAAGAAAAAGAAGAAAGAGAAAGAGAAAGAGAAGAAAAAGAAAGAGGAGGGAGGUAAAGAUAAGAGAGAGGAGGUGAAGAAAGAAAUCAAGGUUAUUGAUCCUUCAGGAAACAUAUAUUACCAGUGGCUGUUUUGCAUCACCUUACCUGUUAUGUACAACUGGACAAUGAUUAUUGCAAGAGCGUGUUUUGAUGAACUUCAGUCUGAUUACCUAGAAUACUGGCUCAUUUUUGAUUACUUAUCAGAUAUAGUCUAUCUUCUUGAUAUGUUUAUAAGAACAAGAACAGGUUACCUAGAGCAAGGAUUGCUGGUGAAGGAAAAGCAUAAACUCAUAGAGAGAUAUAAAUCAAGCUUGCAAUUUAAACUUGAUGCUCUAUCAGUGGUACCAACUGAUCUUCUGUAUUUUAUUAUGGGAUGGAGCUAUCCAGAAAUUAGAUUAAACAGACUGUUACGGAUCUCUCGAAUGUUUGAGUUCUUCCAGAGAACAGAAACAAGGACAAACUACCCAAAUAUGUUCAGAAUUUCUAACCUUGUUAUGUAUAUUAUCAUCAUUAUCCACUGGAAUGCAUGUGUAUACUACUCUAUUUCUAAAGCUAUUGGAUUUGGAAAUGAUACGUGGGUCUAUCCUGAUGUUAACGAUCCUGAAUUUGGCCGUUUGGCUAGAAAAUAUGUAUACAGCCUUUACUGGUCUACACUGACUUUGACCACCAUUGGUGAAACACCACCUCCUGUGAAGGAUUCUGAAUAUGUUUUUGUAGUGGUUGAUUUCUUAAUUGGAGUGUUAAUUUUUGCUACGAUUGUUGGUAACAUAGGUUCUAUGAUUUCCAACAUGAAUGCAGCCAGAGCAGAAUUUCAAGCAAGAAUUGAUGCCAUCAAGCAAUAUAUGCAUUUUCGAAAUGUAAGCAGAGAUAUGGAAAAGAGAGUUAUUAAAUGGUUUGAUUAUCUGUGGACCAACAAAAAAACAGUUGAUGAGAGAGAAGUCUUGAAGUAUCUACCUGAUAAACUAAGGGCAGAGAUCGCCAUCAGUGUUCAUUUAGACACAUUAAAAAAGGUGCGCAUUUUUGCAGACUGUGAAGCUGGUCUGUUGGUGGAGUUGGUCUUGAAAUUACAACCCCAAGUCUACAGUCCUGGAGAUUACAUUUGCAAGAAAGGGGAUAUUGGACGAGAGAUGUAUAUCAUCAAGGAAGGCAAACUCGCUGUUGUGGCAGAUGAUGGAAUCACUCAGUUUGUGGUAUUGAGUGAUGGCAGCUACUUUGGUGAGAUCAGCAUCCUUAACAUUAAAGGUAGCAAAGCUGGCAAUCGAAGAACAGCCAAUAUUAAAAGCAUCGGCUACUCAGAUCUGUUCUGUCUCUCAAAAGAUGACCUCAUGGAGGCUCUAACUGAGUACCCAGAUGCCAAAAGUAUGCUAGAAGAAAAAGGGAAGCAAAUCUUAAUGAAAGAUGGUCUAUUGGAUAUAAACAUUGCAAAUGCUGGAAGUGAUCCUAAAGAUCUAGAAGAGAAGGUUACCCGAAUGGAGGGGUCAGUAGACCUCCUGCAAACAAGGUUUGCUCGGAUUCUGGCUGAGUAUGAGUCAGUGCAGCAGAAACUGAAGCAAAGACUAACCAAGGUUGAGAAAUUUCUGAAACCACUUACUGAUACGGAAUUUUCAGCUAUUGAAGGAUUUGGAGUUGAGAGUGGGCCCCCAGACUCUACACAGGACUGAAAAGCUGGUUAUUAACCAGGACAUGCCUCAUGGUCCUUUUGAUGAUGCUAUUGAAGCUGUUGUAUGUUGGAAGAAGAGGAAUAUUCAGUUGGAGAAUUUUCCAUAAGGAAAAUGUGCUUUAGUGCAAGGCACGAGGCCCUAUGUGCAAGUGCAAGGCACUUGUGUGAGGUAGCUUGGAUUAAAGAAUCAUCACUCUUAGGAUUUUUCACAAUGAAUAAUGUGCAAAGAUACAAACUGAUUAACAGUAUCUGUAUCUACUGAUAUUUUUUCAGUUAUGUUCCUUUUAUAUAAUAUUCUUUAUAAAAGCGAACAAGUGUCUCUCACUUUUAGGCAAUUUACAUUGUUGAGGAGCAAUUGGGAAUUACUAUGUACAUUGUGUUUGGG